AUGGCAAAUCGCAGACCAUCGAAUUUACUGCAUCUACCUCUCGAAUUGCUAUUGAAGAUAGCUGAAUACCUCAGCUUUGCUGAUCUCUGGUAUUUGGCCACCAGCUCCAAACAUUGCAGAGCACUCGCACAUCAAAUUAUUUGGCAUAGAUAUCACAUUGAUUUAUCCAGACCACAGCUCAACCAGUUCAACCACAUUGUUCAUGCUGGCUUGGCUUACAUAAGUCGACAUGGAUACACUCAAAAUACAAACGCCAUCGAUCAGACCAUCAUCCAAAGCGUAUCAAAUAGACUUGCUGUAGAAAUUUACGAUAGGUCGCCCCUCAAAAAUUGGGAGCCAUGUCUAGACUUUUUUCUGGACAAAACCCUUGGCAUCAUACUGGAUCAUGUGUUUCUCGAUCCAUUGCUCGACAUUGUGCCAAAGCACACAUCGUUUGCCGACCUCAGCUACAAGACAGAGUACCAUAGACAUUUGCUGAUGACUGAAUUCUAUCCUACACGAAUGGGCAGACUGAUGACCACCUUCUUAACGACACUGUAUCCUACCAUGAUGGCAUUGUUUGAAGCAGAUCCUACCGCUGAAAUUCACCAUCGACUCCUACUCAAUCACAUUAAUCGUCAUCUGGACAGCAUGUCAAAUCGCUACCAUAAUCACCAUAAGCGUCGACUCUUGCUCAUUGCAUCCCCGAGAUCCGCCCGAGCCACGGCUUUGGCAGCCGUUCAACAGCAUAAUCAGCUUUUACGUUUAAACUUUCGUAUACUUAUUCGGUUUAUUGGAACAUUAGUCCAGACUGAUCUGCUUUCAGCCAAUGAUUUGGACAUUAUCACUCGUCAACGCAUCCAGUUCUUUUUCCUCACUACCUCCAACAACACGGCUGACGAUGCUAUCCAUGAAGAGCCUCUCAAGAAGCGAGUACGAUACACUGCAAACAACAGCAACAGCAACAACAACAACAACAACAACAAGCACAAAAUUACCUUUUACGAAUCACUCAAGAAACACACAACUAAUUAUUGCUGGCAAAUGUGGUUGGAAGAAAUCGAAUUUCAGAUGGAAAUAUUUCUAGAUCUUACUAGAGCAGUUCUCUUGUUGGAGCAAUCAUCCCAUUCUAGAACUGACCUCAACGUUGUUUCCUCCAUGUUGGAUGACACUGUCUCGGCUUUGAUUUCAAAAAGAACAAGUGAGAGCUCCAUCACAUUAGAACCAACAAGCACAACAGCAGCUCCAAGCACGGUCUAA